ACAGGUCUCUCAAGUUAGUACCUGAGAAGAUGAUGAUCACACAUAUGUGUCACUUCUACAUGACCAGACUGGGGCUUCUUUUUCUGAUUAAUAUUCUCCCUGGAACGACUGGCCAAGGGGAAUCAAGACGACAAGAACCUGGGGACUUUGUAAAGCAAGAUAUUGGCGGACUCUCUCCUAAGCAUGCCCCAGAUAUUCCUGAUGACAGCACUGACAACAUCACUAUUUUCACUAGAAUCUUGGAUCGUCUUCUGGAUGGUUAUGAUAACCGACUGAGACCCGGACUUGGAGAUGCCGUGACUGAAGUGAAGACUGACAUCUAUGUGACCAGUUUUGGCCCUGUGUCUGACACGGACAUGGAGUACACCAUUGAUGUAUUUUUUAGACAGACAUGGCAUGAUGAGAGACUGAAAUUUGAUGGACCCAUGAAGAUCCUUCCACUGAACAAUCUCCUGGCUAGUAAGAUCUGGACUCCUGACACCUUCUUUCAUAAUGGCAAGAAAUCAGUGGCUCAUAAUAUGACCACACCGAACAAGCUGCUCAGACUGGUAGACAAUGGAACCCUUCUCUAUACAAUGAGAUUAACAAUUCAUGCUGAGUGUCCUAUGCAUUUGGAAGAUUUUCCCAUGGAUGUGCAUGCCUGUCCACUGAAGUUUGGAAGCUAUGCCUAUACAACAGCUGAAGUGGUUUAUUCUUGGACUCUUGGGAAGAACAAAUCUGUGGAAGUGGCACAGGAUGGUUCUCGCUUGAAUCAGUAUGACCUAUUGGGCCAUGUUGUUGGGACAGAGAUAAUUCGGUCAAGUACAGGAGAAUAUGUUGUCAUGACAACCCAUUUUCAUCUCAAGCGAAAAAUUGGCUACUUUGUAAUCCAGACCUACUUGCCAUGUAUCAUGACUGUGAUUCUGUCACAAGUGUCUUUUUGGCUCAACAGAGAGUCUGUCCCUGCCCGCACAGUCUUUGGUGUCACCACUGUUCUCACCAUGACCACCUUGAGUAUCAGUGCCAGAAACUCCUUACCUAAAGUGGCAUAUGCGACGGCCAUGGACUGGUUCAUAGCCGUCUGUUAUGCCUUUGUAUUUUCUGCACUGAUUGAAUUUGCCACUGUCAACUACUUUACCAAGCGGAGUUGGGCUUGGGAAGGCAAGAAGGUACCAGAAGCCCUGGAAAUGAAGAAGAAAACACCAGCAGCACCAACAAAGAAAACAAGCACCACCUUCAACAUUGUGGGGACCACCUAUCCCAUCAACCUGGCCAAGGACACUGAGUUCUCCACCAUCUCCAAGGGCGCCACUCCCAGUGCCUCCUCAACUCCGACAAUUAUUGCUUCACCCAAGGCUACAUAUGUGCAGGACAGCCCCGCUGAGACGAAGACCUACAACAGUGUCAGCAAGGUUGACAAAAUUUCCCGCAUCAUCUUCCCUGUGCUCUUUGCCAUAUUCAAUCUGGUCUAUUGGGCCACAUAUGUGAACCGGGAGUCAGCGAUCAAGGGCAUGAUCCGCAAACAGUAGAUAGUGGUGGUGGCCCGGCAACUAGAGCACUGCAUACCCCAUGAAGCAUCCAGGCAUCUAAACCCCGGGGCUCCCCUCUGUGUGUUUCAGGAUUUUUCUUUUUCACCCCCUUCCAAGCUCUGACUCUCAAUUCAUAUUUAUGAAUCUCAAUGAAAGUCCAACGACAGAAAAAUUACUCGUCCCUCUGACAUUGCUUAGUAUUCCCCCAUCCGAGCCAAACACUGCCAUUUGUCCAGCUGCUCAUCUUAGUCUACCAGUCUCCCCCAGCUGAGGGCACUGCAUGUAUUUUAUUGCACUCUGCCCACUGCAGAAAGAACUGGGGACUCUGCUCCCUAAAGUGGUAGCCUUUGCUAUUUGAGAGGUAUAGACUGAGAAGAUUUGUUGACUGGUUUAGACCAGACAACUCUUACUCACUUGGGAGCCAGGCGGGGCUAUCACAUAUAGUCCUGUCUGCCACCUCUUCUGCCUACUGCAUAAGAACUAACCUGUGUUCAUCAUCCCCAAUCCCUUUCUUGGCUUGGAAGUUAGUGAGGACAAUCAAGGCUCAAAACUAUCAACCAUGUAUGGUCAAAACAAACAAAACCCACUGGGCCAGACUGGCACCAAGAUGGCUGGAGCCCUGUGAGGUUCAGCCCCUCAGGAAAGUACACUUGUGCUUGGUAUAGCUCUCUUCCAGGAAAUUUCUCUUCAAUGCCUUU